AUGCUCUCUACUAUUAUGAUUCCAAAAUUUGCCAGGGAAAACCAAGAAGAACAAAGCACUGAAAAUCAUGAUUUAAUUCAAACUCAACCAAUCCAUUUACGUAAACAUACAAAAGAAAUUUCUCAAAAUUUUUUCUUAGAAUCUGAAAAUAAAAUACGACUUGCAAAUUUUCCUACUAAUUCAGAAUCAAAUAAUAAUAACAAUAAUAAUAACCCAAAUGGCGAUUCAAGAUCUGCUUCUUUAAAUUCUCUAUUUUCAACUUACAAUAACAACAGUAACAAUAGUAACAACAAUUAUGAAAAUGGUUAUGAUAUUCUUCAAUGGGAUAUACAAGAAUGGGAAGAAAAUGAAUAUAAUGAAGAUUACAUAAAUAUUGAUAAUGAUUAUGGCUAUGAUUCUAAGGAACCACAAUCUUUUGAUGACGGAUACUAUUAUUCUUUCCCUAGUAAACCAAAUACACACGAUCCAAAUUUAUUAAAAUUUCAUUACUUUUAUCCAAGAGUUUCCACUGGCAACAACAAUGAUUACUCUAAUCUGAAAUACCCUUCUUAUGAAGUUAAUAUCCCUAGGGUUGGUUCUCCUACCAAUAAAGUAUUGAAGAUCAGAAAUGUAUCUACUAGUGCACGGGAAAAACGAACGCUUGCAUAUGAUGAUCAUUAUGGAAAUGAUUACGUUGUAAAUAUGGAAGAGGAUAAUCUUCUAUAUCAGACUAACAAGUUUAUUAGUAGUGAUCAAAACAUCAUGCCAAUUGAUGAUGAUGGUGAUGAUGAUGAUGAUGAAUUAUUCCAGAUUUUGCAUUACAAAUUAGCGAGAUACCUUGGUGUUACCAACAAUUACAACAAUAUCAUAUACCAGGAUGCAUAUAAUGACAAAUCACCAAGGGAACAAGAAUAUUUACAACAACUCAGAUUGGAAGAGAUUUCUUGUAGAUUUAGUACAACGUAUUUUUGA